AACCAUGUGCUAAGCUUCUCUAGAAUCGGAGGUGGCAACAUCUUCAGAUGCCAUGUUAUGUAUAAAUGCAAGUUCCGAAACUUUCAAGAAAGCAAGAGAAAGCUUCUCCUUCAGACAUUUUCCCGAGAGAAAAAAAGAUUGAACAUUUCACAUAUCAAGGUCAAGCCUAUGGCGAUCCGCUUGCUGCGAUCAUCAAAGCAGUUUUUCCGUAAAGGAAAAUGGUUUGUACCAUCAAGCUCUGUCGAUGUUCCAAAGGGGUACUUUCCCGUGUACGUUGGAGAAAGCCAGAGGAAGAGGUUUGUGGUUCCGAUAUCGUUCUUGAGUGAGCCUUCGUUUCAAGAUUUGCUAAGAGAGGCCGAGGAAGAAUUCGGGAUCCAUCAUCCAAUGGGUGGCCUCACAGUUCCCUGCAGCGAAGAAAACUUCAUAGAUCUCGCCUCUCGACUCAACAGUUCAUGAGACAAAAAGACCAGCUCGUAGAACGCUUUCACAAUCGCUUUUCUCUUCGAGCGAAGAGUUGGUAGCAAAAGCCUCUCCUCGAAAAAGAUUAGAUAGAGAAGUUAACCCAAAUGAUGUAAUGAGUUUACUUCCUACAUGUUUUCAGCGAGUUGUAUGAUUUAGGAUCUUGUCUAACCGACAGUGAUCUUGUAUUCGGUACCUCAAAGAUAAUCUAACACGUUCAGAUUGCAGCCCUCAA